AUGUCUACUCCUCAAAACCACGCUGUCGUUUUUGGCGCAACAGGCCUCAUCGGCUGGGCCGCCGUCAAUCAACUCCUCUCAAACUACCCUGCACCCACCACUUUUACAAGCGUCACAGCUGUGAGCAAUCGACCCUUGGACGCAGAGAGAACAUUCUGGCCCACAGAGUCUAGUGAAAGACCAGAGCUUCAACUCGUGUCAGGUGUAGAUCUCAAAAGUGGUGAAUUGAAGGAACAAUUGAGGGAUAACGUGGCUGGGAUCGAGAAGAUCACCCACGUCUUUUACUUUGUGUUUGCGCCGCAUGAUGAGGACCACCAAGAGGAAUGCAAGAUCAAUUGCGACAUGAUGCGCAAUGUCGCAACUGCACUCAACGCACUCUCUCCCAGUUUGAAGUCCUUCGUUUACUCUGGUGGCACAAGGGGAUACGGCAUUUACAUUCCGGGUGGCAUCUUCACACCUCCUCUUGACGAAUCCAUGGCCGAUACUAUACCAGAGGAUUAUGCAAAGACGGUUGCUUACCCGUGGUUUCGUAGCAUUCUCACUGAUGCUUCAGCCGGUCGCGAAUGGACGUGGACAGAGGUCUGUCCCGACGUGGUCGUAGGCUUCAGUGCGAUUGGCUCAAAUUACUCUCUCGCCUUGCACUGGGCGCAGUAUCUUUCCUUGUAUGCAAAGAACAACGGCGAAGGCGCAGAGGUGAUGUUUCCGGGGAACAAGGAAGCCUACCAUGCGCGCUUCACGUCCGUAUCGUCUUGUAUCCUCGGUCGUGUCGCAAUUCACGCAGCACUCAAUCCAUCGUCGUGUGGGGGCAAAAUCAUCAAUAUGCUUGAUCGUGCGGAACCGACCACUUUCGCGGAAGCGUGGCCUCGCAUCGCGUCGUUUUUUGGACUUGUCGGUGUCGCACCGGGGAAUGCCGAGGGUCAACGACCGAGUGAAUACAUCGAGACCCAUGGCCAUCUCCUGGGAGAGUAUGGUAAAACGGCGGGUGUCGGAGCAGGAAGGAAACAACUCGAUAAUGUAGGCUGGUGGUUAACGUUUGAUCGACAAUUGAGUGCGGAGAGGUUGCGAAACGCAGGCUUCAAGGAGGAACGAGAUCCAUCAGAGGGUUGGAUUGAAGCAUUUUCCAAACUUCGCGAUGCCGAAAUUAUCUUGUAG